AUGCAGACCGUUCUAUCAGCCUUUGUUCUUGCCAUUGUGGCAAUUGUAGCUGUUGACUCUGCCGAAUUCAAUCAGGGGAGUAAAUCAGUGGUCAAACGAGAUCUAUGGCAAUAUGCUGGGAUUUCCGGCGGAUAUCACAGCGGCCUAGGAUCAUCGAAUGGAGGUGCGGAAGAAAGCCACCAUUAUCAGGCUCCUCAAAAGCUGCAGCAGCUGAAAACUCAACUUCCGGCGGCUGAAGGUUGGGAUGGUGGCCAUCAGGAGCACUCGUGGAUGCCAAUGCAAUUCAAGACUCCCAUCGUCGUACACACGAUAGGCCAUGACUCCGGUGAAAAGGGACACUCCAAGAGUGGAGGACAUGAUGCCGGAAGCCACGGAAAGGGACAUGAAGCUCAUGUCUACUUAAACGAACACGAUCACCAUCAUCAUCACCAUCAUACCACCAUUAAGGUCAUCGAGGUUCCCAAGCCAUAUCCGGUGCAUGUGGCCAAGCCCUAUACCGUUUACGUUAAGAAGCCGAUUUUUGUGGAGAAACACACGCCCGUCAAACUUCUGAUCAAGAAGAAGUAUCACUCCCAUCAUUGA